AUGGACCCCGACGGCGACCCGGCGUUCCACCGGAGCGAGGCCAUCUCCGCCGUGCAGGACGUCGACCAGUACUACGGCGAGGACGACGAUUUCGACGAGCUCUACAACGACGUCAACGUAGGCGACGGCUUCCUCCGCAACUCCCACCAGCCGCCGCCGCCCCCACAGCAGAAUCACCACCAGCAGCAGCAACAGCUCCCUCCUCCGCCCGCGCAGCUGAACCAUCACCAUCAGCAGCAGCAGCUCCCUCCUCCGCCCCUGCCGCAGCCGCAGCCGCAGCAGCCCCCGCCCCACUCUCUCCCGCCGCCGCCGCCGCACGCCCUGCCCCAGCAGCAGGUCUACGCGCCUGCUGUGGCAGCGCCGAGUCCGAGUCAGCCGCCGCCCCAGCCGAAUCUCCCGCCGCCGCCUCAUCCGUCGGCCGCACCCGUGCCUCCGCCGCCUCAGCACCACCAGAUCCAGCAGGGCGACGGGUUCCACCGGCCGGGAGGGAACUACAGCGGCGGUCCCGUCGUUGUCGCCAACGGAGCUGGCGUCGGCGGGGGCGAUGGCCCCGGCGGCACGACGCUGUUCGUGGGCGACCUCCACUGGUGGACGACCGACGCUGAUCUGGAGGCGGAGCUCAGCAAGUAUGGGCCGGUGAAGGAGGUCAGGUUCUUCGACGAGAAGGCCAGCGGCAAGUCCAAGGGGUACUGCCAGGUCGACUUCUACGACCCUGCCGCUGCUGCUGCCUGCAAGGAGGGCAUGAACGGCCACUCGUUUAAUGGCCGUCCAUGUGUUGUGGCAUUCGCGUCUCCCAACACUGUGCGCCGCAUGGGCGAGGCGCAGGUGAAGACCCAGCAGGCCUUGGCUGCACAGACAACAUCAGUGCAACCAAAGGGUGGUAGAGGUGGUGCUGGUGCUGGAAUGCCUCAUGCUGCUGGUAAUUACAGUGGUGGACGUGGAGGAGGUGCUGUAUCCAGAGGCGGUGGUGGUGGGAACUGGGGUAGAGGUGGUGGUGGAGGUAGAGGCCCUGUUGGUAAUAUGAGGAACAAUAGAAUGGGUCCAGCAGUUGGCCGUGGAAUUGGGAACGGCAUGGUUGCGCCACCACCCCCGAUGCUGCCUCAAGGGGGCAUGCUGGGCCAGGGGUUUGAUCAUGGUUUUGGUGCAAUGGGAAGGAUGGGUGGUGGGUUUGGUAACUUCCCUGUUGGACCAGGUGCUGGGCCGUUUCCUGGGAUGAUGCAACCAUUUCCUCCGGUUGUUGCACCACAUGUAAACCCGGCCUUCUUUGGUCGUGGUGGGAUGGGGAUGUGGCCUGAUCCCAGCAUGGGGGCUUGGGGUGCGGAAGAACAAUCAAAUUAUGGGGAUGAUGCAGCAUCUGAUCAUCAAUAUGGGGAAGGGGGAAGCCAUGAGAAGGAGAGGCCACCAGAGAGGGAGUGGUCUGGGGCAUCAGAGAGGAGACGGGACAGAGAGAAAGAUAUGCCCCCUGAACAGGAGUGGCCAGAGAGGAGUCACCAGAAUGAGCAUGACAUGGGCCGAGAGAGGGAUCGUGACUAUGACAGAGACAGGGAAAGAGACCGAGACAGAGAGAGAGACCGAGAUAGAGAGAGGGACAAAGAUAGGGAGAGGCACAGGGAUGACAGAGAUUGUUAUGGUGAUUAUCACAGGCAUAGGGAUCGUGAUUCAGAGCGUAAUGAAGACUGGGACAGGGGGAGGUCAUCUGGGAUACGGAGCAGGUCGAGGGAGGCCGACCAUUCUAAACGUAGGCGGAUGGCACCUCAAUAG